AGAAUAUUAUUAAAAGUAUUUAUAUGAGGGUAUUCUUAAGAAAUUAGCAUAAUAAUAAGUUCAAAUAGUUUUUAUUUUGCAAUGUAUUUGGUUAUUUUAAUAAUUAUAAUGUUAUGAAUAUAUUUAACUGUCUCUUACCUAUAGAAUUACAUAUUAUGUAAUAAUUGUGCAGAGUUUAACCAUGGUCUGGAAUAUUAAGUUAACUGUGGAAAUUCCGCUGGUUCUGUCAUUCAUAAGCUUUCAAUUAGUAGAAGCGGUUUUACUGAACCUUAUUAUAUUCCGUACGUGUUACGUCCUUCUGGGUCACGAUAAAACAGAGUGCGGCUAUCUGGGAAACAGCAACAAUGAAACUAUUACGGAAAACUUGGAAGAGGAGGUUCAGCCUUAUGCUAAUACCAUAAUGAUGGUGAGAACAGCGACCGAGCAGUCCUUUAAUUUAUUGUUGUGUAUGCUGGUUGGGCCUUGGUCCGAUAAAAUUGGAAGGAAACUGUUUAUCAUUACGAGUCUAGCAGGAAUGACUGUUGGUAUGUUUUUACUAGCCAUUAACAGUUGUUUUGACACAUCUCCAUGGUUCUUUAUGAUCAGCGAUAUACCAUCAAUGCUUACUGGAGGGGGUACUACAUAUUUUACAGUUGUUUUGGCCUAUCUUUCUGAUUUGUCCACGGAAGAAACUAGAGGAAUAAGGAUGGCAAUAUACGAAGCAAGCACAGCGUUGGGUACCGUAAUAGGAACUGCAAUGAGCUCUUAUAUAUUUUAUGCAACAAAUUAUACGACAGUCUUUGCCUUAGCAGCCGGUAGCACCCUAUUAGGAAUUCUUUAUACGGUUUUCUUUAUACCGGAGUCCUUACAAGAGGCUGAUAAGGGUAACCGUUCGACUGUCCUGACAAAUUUUAAAGAAAUGUACCAAGUACUUACUAAACCGAGAGAGAAUAAUACCAGAGCAAUAAUUAUAUUAUCUGUAAUAACUUUAAUAAUAGUUAAUUUUGUCGGAAGUGGAGAAUUUGGAGUAAUGUAUCUCUUUCUAUUAAAGAAGCUACACUGGAACGUCACCAAAUAUACUCUCUAUAUUAGUGUUAACACUAUAGUUUCUGUUACUGGAACCAUGACAAGUAUUUUUGUAUUACACAAGAAAAAGGCAAUGAAAGAAUCCUUUUUGGCUAUUAUUGGUUUAUCUGCUACUAUAAGUUGUGUUUUAUUGCGAGGCAUUGCUUAUCAUGAUAUUUUUAUAUAUGUAGGUAUGUAUAUGUUAUAA